UAUCACAUACAUAUACCAAAGUUCCCAAAUUGUGUUCAUUCAUUCUCAUUUCUUUCUCUAAGAAGUGCAAAACAAGAGAGGAAGAUGGCAAGAAUACAUACCAAAAUUCCGAGUUCGUGCUUUCGAUUAAGUAAGGCUCGGAUUCGAUUGCGUACGCCACCGUUGCAAUCGAAUCCGGCCUAUAAUUCAAUCAAAGCCACCCAAAAGAAUGUAAAAUAUUAUGAACAUGAAUUUGGUUCUAGCUUUAGUAGUGACACACCAAGAAGCAGUGAAGAAAAUUGUCAAAAGGGAGAAUCUAAAGAAGGAAAUAGGAUCAUGGUUGUUGUAGAUGGAAGCCAACAAGCUAAGGGUGCUCUUCAAUGGGCAUUAUCUCAUACUGUUCAGAAAGAGGAUACUAUUAUUCUUCUUCAUAUUGCCAAGCCCUUAAUAUGUGGUCCGCAUUCGGAAAGUGAGAUUAAUCCUAAAGUUUAUGGAUUCCUCUACUCAUUGAAGAGUGUCUGUCAAACAAAAAGACCUGGGGUAGAGGUAGAAAUUAUAGCAAUAACAGGCAAAGAAAAAGGCCCAAAAAUAGUGGAACAAUCAAAAGAACAGAAGGUAUCUUUGCUGGUAUUAGGCCACCAAAAAAGAUCCAAAGCAUGGAGAUUUUGGAUGAGAUGGGCAGGAAAGAAUAGAAGUAGUCAAGGGGUUGUAGAUUACUGCAUCCAAAAUUCAGAUUGUAUGACAAUCGCAGUACGCAGGAAGAGUAGAAAAUUAGGUGGUUAUCUCAUUACUACUAAACGUCACAACAAUUUUUGGCUCUUGGCCUAGCUAUGUUCUCCAUUAUUAGCUUGAAUUUGGCCUCGAUUCAAAGGAAAAAGAAAAUUAAUUUAUGGUCUCGAACGUUGCUCCCACCCCACACAAGAAUCGGUGAUUGAUGUGAGGGGAAGGAGCAUUGAUUCAAGGCGAAACCUAUUGUAUAUUUGAGACUUUCUUUAUAAAAAUUAAGUAUGUUCUCUUUGAUCUAUUCUUAGUCGAAUAUUUUAGUUUGAGUUUUAGAUAUAAAAUUUAUGAAGUUAGUGAAAGAAAGUAUGAAUAUUGUUGGAUGAAUUAAAAGGCCUAAACUGUAAUUUACAUG